ACAGCGGAAGAGAGGCGAGAAGAAAAACUUUUUCCAAAAACAAAGUACAAAAAAAAAAAAAAAAGAAAAGAAAAGUUGGGGGAACAAGAUUCCGUGUGUGUUUCCUGUGGGCGCCCGCCAAAAGAGGGAGCUACCAUCCGGUUGUUCCAGUUCGCAUCUCGCUUCGUGCAGAGCCACUCCAUUCACGCAGCACAACCGUUCUUGAUCUUCACGCACGAUUCAUCCGGCGGUCAGCAUCGCAAUCCAAACUUUCAUUCUUGCUCGAGAGUUGCCGUUGGCUGGUUUUCUACCACUUACACAACCCUUCUCCGUUUUCUUUUAUUUUUCCGUUGUUUUAGUUUCCUUUAUUUUCUUUUUUUUUUUUUUUUUUUUUAUUCCCACAGUUUUUUUUAACAGUCAGUGAUUCACUUCUUCUAGUGUUUCAAUGGCACUUGGUUUGAAUUAUCAUCAGUGAUUGUUUUUGUUUUGGAACGUUUGAAAUUUUGACGUGAGAGUUGGUUUCACAAAACUCAGAUGGGCGUUGCGGAACCAAGCCGGUGUCGCCGGCCUAUCGCCAGUCAAUACAACAACAACAGUUGAGUUGUCAAUGUGUUCUCAUCACUGUCACGGCCUCGUUCCGUGAUAUUAUGGAACACAAGUGCGUCUCCCACUGGACAACAUGUCGCCGUUUAUCGACGCAUCGAGACAGACAGACGCAAUGCAUUAUUGGAUAUUAAAUUCGCUUCUUUUAAUUUACAUGGCCACCGUCGCUGCCGGUAACCCAACAGACGGAAAUGGAUGGGCAAGAUCGGCGGCCAACGAGACGGCCACAACUGCUGGAAACAGUUUAACAUCGACGACGGCCAGCUCCAAAGUCAUCAUUGAUUCGAGCGAUGAUAUCAUUCCGAUCCAGUCCGACUACGAUUCAGUCCGAAGUUCCGUCAUCUUCUUUAGCGCUUCCCUUUCCAUGUUCGCUGCCAUUGGUAUCAUCGUCUUCUUCCGCAAGUGCGUCAACUGUCCCACAGAGCGACCGGACGGCCAGCUCCGGCACGGACGCCAUCACUAUUACACGGCAGGUGGCGAAAUCGCCCAUUUCAGGAGCUUGGUCGAUCGAACGAGCGCUACCAAUGCCGUCACGGUCGUUGACGUGGACGACACGUUCGAUGUCAUCACCGGCAUCGACGUCCCGCUAAAUCCAUCGUCGAACAGUAAAAUGACCAGCCAAGAAGACGAAAUCAAUGUGUCGCCAAGUCAUAAAGCCACUUGUCAUUAUCCGCUUCUUUCUCUUGUCGAUUCGACAUCCGGAUUCCGUUUCUAUGACGACGACGAUGAAGUAGCAGAUGGAAUCGACGAUAAUCAGGCACCUGGAGAUUGUACCUAAUAAAAGCGCGCGCGCUGCUGCAGCAGCAUGGAACGACACGAGUUUUCAUUUGCGUCCCACUCCCCCUCUUCAAUCGAUAUCUCCUAUUUCGGUGAUGUAUUAGUCGUUGAUACUUGUGUUCGUCGAUGUCGCCACAGACCAAAGCCAAAUUAUCGAUCACUCUUUUGAUUUUUUUUUUCCCCUAUCCCUUUCUUUGCUUGCACAAGCGUCU